ACAAAAUCCAACAUAAGGAUCCCUCCAAUCAACCGUCAAACCCUAAAUCAGCGGUGCUUAAAUCUCACGCAAAUAUCUUAACCUACUCCUUUCACUAAACAAAACUCUGUUUUUUUUUUUUUUAAAUUAUUGUUUCUCUGCUGAGAAGUGUAGAAAAUUUAAGAAACCCACAAGUCUCAAGCCAUAGUAAUUUAAAAAAAAAUUCUAAAAACUUCUUAUUUCCCAACAAAAACCCGUGCUCUUCUAAAAUAACUAGAAAUUGUUUUCCUCGUUCGAAAUUACUUUGAUCAUCGCCUAUUACCAGCGUCACCGCCAAUCGGAGCUAGGGUUUGUGACUAUCUUUUUAUUUCUCUAAUAGUACUCGAUGGAGGAGUGGCCGUUCCACGACGGCAACGUACACAAUCUACUCGAGAGCAGGCACAUCGAUAUUCGCCAGAAUCGCCACGAUGUUGAUAACGGUUUUCAGAUGCAUUCGUCUUUGAUUGGGAGGCUUUCACUGGAACGAGAAUUGGAGGGACAUCGGGGUUGUGUAAAUGCUGUGGCUUGGAAUUCAAAUGGUUCACUUUUGAUUUCUGGUUCUGAUGACGAACUGAUUAAUAUUUGGAGCUACUCUGGUCGAAAGCUUUUGCAUUCUAUAGAGACAGGGCAUUCUGCUAAUAUAUUUUGUACAAAAUUUAUUCCUGAAACUUCUGAUGAGCUUGUGGUCUCUGGAGCUGGAGAUGCGGAGGUUCGAUUAUUUAAUUUGUCUCACUUAAAUGGGAGAGGGCUCAAUGAUGGUGCUAUUUCUCCAUCAGCACUCUAUCAGUGUCACACAAGAAGGGUUAAAAAACUAGCGGUUGAAGUUGGAAACCCCAAUGUGGUCUGGAGUGCCAGUGAAGAUGGAACUCUGAGACAGCAUGACUUUCGGGAGGGCACUUCUUGUCCUCCUGCAGGAUCUUCUCGCCAUGAGUGUCGCAAUGUCCUACUUGACUUGCGUUGUGGGGCAAAGAGGUCAUUAGCUGAUCCUCCUGGACAUACACUGGCCUUAAAAUCUUGUGAUAUUAGUUCUACUAGACCUCACUUGCUCCUUGUUGGUGGGAAUGAUGCAUUUGCUCGUCUGUAUGAUAGAAGGAUGCUGCCACCACUGACCUCCUGCCGGAAAAGAUCAUCACCACCUCCUUGUGUUAAUUAUUUUUGCCCAAUGCAUCUUUCUGAUCAUGGACAUUCAAGUUUGCAUUUAACUCAUGUUACAUUUAGCCCUAAUGGAGAAGAGGUUCUACUUAGCUAUAGUGGGGAGCAUGUUUAUCUAAUGAACAUAAAUCAUGCUAGUGGGAGUUUAAUGCAAUAUUCCUCGGGAGAUGCUUCAAAAUUGAUGACCUUCACUCCUGUACUAAAUAGACUAGAGCACCAGCCACUUGUUUCCAAUGUCUUCCAAAAUGGUCUCCAGAGGAGAAACAACAUUGCUGCAAGAAUUGAAAAAUGCAGGAUGUUGGUUGAAAUGGCUAAAAGAUCCUUACAGGAGGGGACAAAUAUUUUCCAUGCAAUCGAGGCAUGCAAUGAAGUCUUUGAUGGACAUGCUACUGACAUUGGGCCCACUCUAAGGCAUGAAUGUUUUUGUACACGUGCUGCCUUGUUGCUGAAGCGAAAGUGGAAAAAUGAUGCCCAUAUUGCCGUUAGAGAUUGCCAUAGUGCUCGAAGAAUAGACAGUUCUUCCUUUAGAGCUCAUUACUGUAUGGCUGAGGCUUUACAACAGUUGGGAAAACAUAAAGAAGCUUUAGACUUUGCUGUCUCAGCACAAUGUUUAUCUCCAUCUGAUAAUAUGGCGGCCGAGAAAGUGGAGAACCUAAAAAAACAUCUUGCUGCAGCUGAGGCUGAAAAAAAUAACAAGGCAAGUGAUGUGGUAUCUAAGUCUGAACCUCGAACUGGAAGGGUAUUGUCAUUGAGUGACAUACUCUAUCGCUCGGAAGCUAAUAGUGAUGCUUCACAAGAUGGUCUAAGAUCUGAAAGAGAAGAUUCUGAUUAUGAUGAAGAGCUGGAGUUAGAUUUUGAAACUUCAAUAUCAGGUGAUGAAGGACGUGAUGUUGAAUCCAAUAUACUACAUGGAAGUUUAAAUCUUAGAAUUCAACGACGAGUUGAUUCAACAAGGGCAACUUGUGGAAAUGGUUCAUUUGCAUCUCCGUCCUCGUCAUCGCAAACUGAUAGAGCGGCUUAUCAGCCCGAGGCAGUUAUUGAUAUGAAGCAGAGAUAUGUUGGCCACUGCAAUGUUGGAACCGACAUCAAACAGGCGAGUUUCCUUGGUCAGAGAGGUGAAUAUGUUGCUAGUGGGAGUGAUGAUGGGAGGUGGUUUAUUUGGGAAAAGCGGACUGGUAGGCUGAUAAAAAUGCUUCUUGGAGAUGAUGCUGUUGUAAACUGUGUGCAGUGCCAUCCAUUUGAUUGCUUUGUGGCAACCAGUGGGAUUGAUAACACAAUAAAACUAUGGACUGCUGCUGGUGGGUCAGCAGGGCCAGAAACUUCUGUAUUAGAGGCAAUGGAAAGUAAUCAACGCAAGUUAUGUCAUAAUCGUGAAGCUUUCCUUAAUGUUAUUUGCAGGCCCUUUGAACUUUUGGAGCGGUUUCGGAUGCAAGAAUUUUCUGAAGGACCCUUGCAUCCAUUUGAGUGUGCCCAGAGCUAGUCAGCUUCUUAGCUCUUACAAAAGUAUGCAGGUUUCUGUCAUGCAGACAGCACUGCACAAAAAAGAAUGGAUCUUUGGUAACACAUGAUCUAGAGGAGGAGGUACGUUGAAUUAUGAAGCCUCGUAAAUUAGUUGAUGAUUGAAAGCGUUUGGGAAUUGUUAGAAUAAAUUAAGAGAUUGAAUGAAGUAUACCAAGUCCCCUUAAUUAAUUGUAAAGUAUCUCAAAUCAGUUUUUUGAUGUAGAUAUUCGUUUUUCUUUCCCUAUUUGCAUUUUUUUCUCGAAGAGCGUAUGAUUUGUCUGUCCAUCGUUGGAGAUGUUCCUGUAUAUAGUUGAGGAUGCUUGUCAUUUCAGUGUAAAUGUUAUUUUUACACCCGCCUUGUUUUCAGUCUCCGUCUUAGUUGCUGAAUUAUUCAUUUGGCUGGAAUCUGUGCCUUGACCUCUUCAAAGGGAAUUUGAGAAUCUCUUAAAUGAUCAAACAGCGGUAGAGUGGAGUGGGGUCUGGUCUCUUUCUUGAUUUCGGGAUGCCUUUGAAUUUGAUAAUUUAAAGCAGCCGAAUUCUAAUGGCCAUGCUUGUGCUCUAUACUUUAAAACAUCUACUUUCCAACGUUACGUGUUGGGAAUAGGAAGUGGUUAGAAAAACUAAUAGAGCGGAGCGGAGUCGAUGGGUUUGUGGCUUUGAUCGGAAAGAAAUG